GGCAACAGAGGGUAUAAAUAUGGAUCUCCUCCAAUUCCUUGACAUGUAUACACAGAGCAUGGUGGUGUUUGGUUCCUCUACGAAACUCCUUCAUUUUCUCCACACUUGUUUCUCUCUCUAGAGACUUUUCCAUAAAACCCUCAACUUCUCAAGGUUCAUAAUUGUUGUAAUUGAAGAUGCCAGCUGCGAGACCCAAUACAUGUGAUAGAGAGGGUGAACCAUUUGUUGAAGUGGAUCCUUCUGGGCGGUUUGGUCGGUAUGAUGAUCUGCUGGGUGCUGGUGCUGUGAAGAAGGUCUAUAGAGCAUUUGAUCAGGAGGAAGGUAUAGAGGUGGCUUGGAAUCAAGUGCGGUUGAGGAAUUUUAUUGAAGAUCCUGUACUCAUCAAUAGGCUGCACUCAGAGGUUGAUUUGUUGAGAGCCUUAAAGAACAAGUAUAUCAUUGUUUGCUAUAGUGUUUGGUUGGACCAAGAGAACAUCAAACUCAACUUCAUUACUGAAGUGUGUACUUCUGGAAAUUUAAGAAAUUAUCGGAAGAAGCAUCGCCAUGUCUCCUUGAAAGCUUUGAAGAAGUGGGCAAAACAAGUACUUGAAGGUUUAGUGUAUCUUCACACACAUGACCCAUGUAUUAUUCAUCGAGAUCUCAAUUGCAGCAACAUCUUUGUCAAUGGAAACACUGGCCAGGUAAAAAUUGGUGAUCUUGGCUUUGCAACAAUAGUGGGGAAGAGUCAUGCAGCACAUUCAAUAAUAGGCACACCAGAGUUUAUGGCACCAGAACUAUACGAGGAAGACUACACUGAAUUGGUGGACAUAUACUCAUUUGGAAUGUGCUUGCUAGAGAUGGUUACAGCGGAGAUACCAUAUAGCGAAUGUGACAGUGUUGCCAAGAUAUAUAAGAAGGUGACCAGUGGAAUAAAGCCCCAAGCAUUGAACCAGGUAGCUGAUCCAGAGGUGAAGGCUUUUAUUGAGAAGUGCAUAGGUGAGCCAAAGGCAAGACCUUCAGCCUGUGAUUUGCUGAAGGAUCCUUUCUUUUCUCAAGUCAGUGUUGAUGAGGCAGAAUCAGAUGCCUAAAGUUGACCAUUUAACAUUUCUACUGAAAAUUCGAUGCCUAAAACUACUACCAAAAAUCCCCUUUCAAUUACUUUUCUUCCCUAACAUCUAUCAUGUAAAUAAAUAGCGGUAGUAGGCUGCCUUUUGAAAAGGUCGACUGUCAUUCUGCUAAAUGAAUUUGAGUGCAAAUCCAUUUCAGCAAGAAAUUUCUUUGGUUAUUAUGUUUCCCGUUGUUGUUCUAAAGGGCCACUUCUAUACUAUGAUCAAAUAAUGUGGGAGUCUUUUUAUGUGCAAA